AUGAAUACACAACAAUAUUACGCGAAUCACACCAACCAACAACAACAGCAACAGCAGCAACCACAACAACAACAAGGGCAGGGGUAAGCUGUUUUUGUGGGCAAUUGCUCGCGAUGAAAACUACUGUCCAUUUUCCAGCUGGUCUCCUUCGUAUCCUCAAAGCAAUAUGCCGGCAAGCGGUUUCUACGUUGGCGGUUUCGCUCAGACCGGAAGUUCAUCGAACGGGUAUGCGAUGCCUCCUUUCGUGCCUUCAGGCGUGGGACAGAUGAUGGCUGCCCAGCAGGCCGGAUUCAUGUCAUCUCCUUAUUUCCAUGCGCAACCGCAGCAGCAGUUUCAAAUGGGCUAUCCCGAGAACUUCGAUAACUUCGACGAGAAUGGGUGAGAACAGGUGUAUAGUGUGUUGGUGAUUGUGUUGGCUCCUAACCAUAUAUGCUUGUUCUUCCUUUCCUUUGUUCGUCUACGAAAGCGCCUUUUAGUGAAAUCGCAGUUGGUGAAAUAGAAAAUAGUUAUAGAUCGAGCGGAUACAACAACUACGCUGAUGGUGGAAACGGCUACAACAACAAGUGAGAAAAGGUUGAAGUUAUGUGAAAUAUUGCUAGAUUUUCCAGCGGAGCUGAGACGACUGGCUGGGGAGGAGCAACUGGUGAAUAUACUGAAAGGUAUUUUCGAGGAUAAAGCUAAGUUUAUAUACAUUUGCCUUUUUAGCAACUUGUUCCACCGCACCGACAGCGGAAUCAACUUCGACAAGUACGAAAACAUUCCGGUUGAAGUGAGCGGAGAAGCUGCUCCGACAGCCAUCGAAAGCUUCGCUGAUGCUGCUUUCGGCGCUGCUGUUAUGGAGAAUGUCAACCGCAGUGGUUACACGAAGCCGACUCCGGUGCAGAAGUAUUCGAUCCCGACGUUGCUGGCCAACCGCGAUUUGAUGUCUUGCGCCCAAACCGGUUCUGGAAAAACCGCGGCUUUCCUUCUUCCGAUCAUUCAGCAUAUCAUGGCUGGUGGUCAGGAAAUGAGCAAACCGGUAAGACACUUCCGUAGCGCUCGUAUCACAGAGAGAGUUUUAGCCAUCGUUCACUAAUGGUCGCCGCACGUACUAUCCGUCUGCUCUGGUUCUCUCUCCUACUCGCGAGUUAGCCAUCCAAAUCCACAAAGAGGCAGCCAAGUUCAGCUACAAGACCAACUUGCAAACGGCCAUUCUCUACGGAGGUCGCGAAAACUAUCGUGAUCAGGUCAACCGCCUUCGCAGUGGAGCUCACAUUCUCAUCGCCACGCCAGGUCGUUUGAUCGAUAUCAUUGAGCAGGGCUUCAUUGGUCUCUCGGGAUGUCGCUACCUCGUUCUUGACGAGGCCGACCGCAUGUUGGACAUGGGAUUUGAGCCGCAGAUUCGAAAGAUUGUUGGACAAGGAAUGCCACCAAAAACUGCUCGUACUACUGCCAUGUUCAGUGCUACGUUCCCCAAGGAAAUUCAAGUGUUGGCGAAGGACUUCCUGAAGGAGGACUACGUUUUCUUGGCUGUCGGUCGUGUUGGAUCCACUUCUGAAAACAUUGAACAACGUCUUCUCUGGGUCAACGAUAUGGAGAAGAGACAGAAUCUGAUGGAUAUUCUGAUGGCCGAGGACGCCAGCAACUUGGUUCUUGUGUUCGUGGAGACGAAGCGAGGAGCCAAUGAUUUGGCUUACUACCUCAACCGUCAGCAGAUUCGUUCUGUUUCGAUUCAUGGAGAUUUGAAGCAAAUCGAACGUGAGAGAAACUUGGAAAUGUUCCGUUCCGGUCAAUACCCGAUUCUCGUUGCUACUGCCGUAGCCGCCCGUGGACUGGAUAUUCCGAAUGUCCGUCACGUUGUCAACUAUGAUCUUCCUGGUGACUCUGAUGAAUACGUGCAUCGCAUCGGAAGAACCGGAAGAUGCGGAAAUCUGGGUAUUGCCACCAGCUUCUUCAACGACAAGAACCGCGGCAUCGGACGUGAUCUCAAAACUCUGAUCCAAGAAGCUAACCAGGAAGUGCCAGACUGGCUUCAUCAGGUCGCUGCCGAAGGAAGAUUCGGAAACAACACUCGUGGUGGAAACCGCCGCUUCGGUGCCGUCGACUAUCGUCGCAGCGGAGGUGGAGGAUCCUACGGAGGGUAAACAACUAUAGGGAUCAGUAUCCGUUUAAACAUUAUUUUCAGAAACUACAACAAUUUUUCUUCCGGAGGACAGACCGGUGGUUUUGGUAGCGGCAGCGCGUUCGGAGGUGCAUUCGGAGGAGGAUCUGGAGGAAGCCAACGUCGUCCGUUCACAAACGGAGGAUUUGGAGCUCACGGCUCAGUGUCGUCGUCAUCCGGAGGCGGUGGAUUUGGAGGUCCUAGAAGAGGUUUUGAAUCGUUUUAAUGGACAAUUUUACAAAGAGUUCUUCAGGAGGUUUCAACAACGGAAUGAGCCGCCCAAGUGGCGGAGGCUUCUACUCGAACGGUGGAAAUCAAGCUCCGAUCGAUCACUGGCAAGCGCCUCGCGUCUAA